AUGGGCGGCCCCGCCGCCCUACUCAGCCGCCCCGCCGCCCUUCAACUGCGGCCCCGCCGCCCUUCUCAGCGGCCCCGCCGCCCCUCGCACCAGCGGCCCUGCCGCCCUACACCGCCCGCGCCGCCCGAGCCGCCCGAACCGCCCGAGCCGCCCGAGCCGCCCGACCUGCCCGAGCUGCCCGAGCCGCCCAAGCCGCCCGACUCUCCUGAGCCGCCCGAGCCGCCCGACCAGCCCGAGCCGCCCGAGCCGCCCGAGCCGCCCGAGCCGCCCGAGCCGCCUGAGCCACCCGAGCCGCCUGAGGAGCCGAGCCGCUAG